CAGUUACAAAUAAAAAAAGUAUGUAUAAAUGUAUAAUAAUUAUUAUUCUUGUUAUUUUAAAUGUAUUUGCACUAUGCCACUAUAAUAGUACUAUACUAAAAACUCAAAUGAUCAUAUUUAAGUAUUUAACCUAGUGACUAGUUGUGUGUUAAAUUAAUAUUUAUUUUUAGUCAAAUUGGAUUCUACUGUGGAGGCGGAUAGUGCCAAUGUUCACAAUGAUACUUCAUGUGAAUUGAAUAAAGGUAAAAAUUUAUUUAUUUAUAACUAUUCUGUCAUUUUAUUAAAAUUUCAAACAUUGUGAAUUGAGACUUUUGUUGCCAUCAAUAUACAAAUAUUGUUUAAAUAUUCAGUAUUUUACAUAUUAUGGUCACCAAAAUGUUGAUUUUUUUUACAUAAUAAAAAGUACAAAAUAAAUAUAAUAUUUAAUUUUUAGUAAAAUUGGAUUCUACUAUGCAGGCGGAUAGUGCCAAUGUUCACAAUGAUACUUCACAUGAAUUGAAUAAAGUCAAAUUGGAUUCUACUAUGCAGGCGAAUAUUUCCAAUGAAAACAAUGAUACUUCAUGUGAAUUGACUAAAGAAAUAUCGGAUUAUGUUGACACAACAGCCAAAGUUGAUAAUGAAUUGUGGUCUGAAGAGUUAAAUGUUAUUAAAAAGGUUGAUCAACAAGAAAUAUUUCCUAAAGUGGCUGAAGGAUGUUCUCUUAAAACAAGUGAUAAUGAAAAUAAUAUAGAUAUUGAUGGAAAACACUUUAAAAAUGAUCCUGCACAUUUCAUUAAAAUGCCACAUUUGACACCAGAAAUUAAAAAUAUUAUUUUAACAUUUGGUCCUUGCCAACCAUUACCAGAUGAUCUGCCAAAUAAAAUAUUUCCAUAUGACACUGAUAAAAAAGAAAAAAGAAGUUUUAAUGCAACCCAUUAUUUUAGAUAUUUACCAGAUAAAACAAAAUGUCACCGUGAUUGGUUAUCUUACUCUCCAAGUUUAGAUAAAAUAUUCUGUAUACAUUGCAUGUUUUUUGGAACCAAUCUACACAGCAAUUUAGAAAAGUCUUGGACCAAAGAAGGUUUUAACCAAUGGAAGAAUUGUUCAUUAUGCAUUCAACGGCAUGAAUUAACGCCAGAUCACGUAACAUCGUCAUUGAAGUUUAAACUACGCCAAACAAGUGUACCCAUUUUACCAACUCUUGAAUACCACAGAAAAACUCAAAUAGCAGCAAAUAGACAGGUUAUAAAUGAACUUAUUGACAUUGUUGUAUUUUUAGCUCGUCAUAAUUUGGCAUUUCGUGGCAGUGUUGAGAAAUGGUCAUCAAAUUCCAAAGGAAAUUUUAAGGAUUUAGUUAUGCUUAUGGCCAAAAACUCAACUCCACUAAUGGAACACAUACAUAGAAUUCAACAAAAUGGAAAACAUGAGGUGUCUUUUAUUUCAUGGCAACGACAAAACCAAAUUAUUGAAGCUAUUUCAGAAGAUAUUACAAUACAAAUUCGAUCUUCAGUGAAAAGUGUGAAAAUGUUCAGUAUAUCAAUUGACUCCACAUUUGAUGCAUCACGUAAAGAACAAAUUUCAUUUAUAAUCAGGUAUGCUGAUGAAGUAACCGGUAACAUUCAUGAAAGACUUUUGGCUGUGAAGGAAUCACCUGUUACAACCGGAAAACAUUUAUAUGACAUAUUUCUAACUGUUAUGGUAGCUGAAAAUUUGAACUGGAAAGAAGAUUUAAUUGGGCAAUCAUACGAUGGAGCGAGUAACAUGCGAGGUUAUUAUUCAGGUCUUCAAGCUCAUAUCAAAAAUGAAUGCCCUCAAGCAUUAUAUGUAUGGUGUCAUUCACACCGUUUGGCCUUAGUUGUAAAACAAGCAGUAUCGUGUGAAUUGAACUCAGUAGAUUUAUUUGGGAACCUAGAAACUUUGUAUGCUUUCCUCUGGUGUUCUAAAAAAAGAGCAGCAAUUUUUAGAGAAACCCAGAUUAAAUUUUGUAAAUUGAGAAACAAAAAAACUCAGCCAAAUGCUGUUAAAAGAGUAAGCACGACAAGGUGGAGUUCUCACUCAUCAGCAUUAAAUGUAGUGUUAAAGCUUCACAGUGAAGUUUUAGAAACUUUGAGUAUAAUUAAAAAACAAGAAGGGACUUCAGAUGCUGUUGUUGGUGCAAGUUGCAGUGGUUUAAUCACAUAUCUUUCAUCAAAGCGUUUUAUAUUAACAGCAUUAAUAUUUAAAACAAUAUUUGAUGUACUUGAACCGGUUACUCGUCAACUUCAAUCUCAAGAUAUGGACAUGCUGAUGGCCACAAAUAUAUUAAAAAAUAUUAUUUUUCAAAUUAAAGAACUGAGAAAUGACUGUGCAUUUGAAAAAAUACUUGUAAUGGCUGAUGAAUUUUUUGAAAAGAGUGAAAUUGAUUUUUUGCCUCUUACAUUAGGUCGUACAAAACGUGUGCCAAAAAAAUCAGAUGAAAAUACUCAAGAUGAACCUAUACUGAGUCCAAUAAAAAAAAUUAAGGUUGAAACAUAUUAUGUCAUCAUAGAUAUUACAUUGUCAGAGCUAAGUGAACGAUUUGAGUCAACAAAUAUUGGACCGUUGAGAGACCUUUCUCUUCUUUCAUCUAGGCGUGUUCGUGAAAUUCAAAAAAAUCAACACAAUGUGCCAUGUGAUGCCUUUGAAGCCUUGUGUUCUAUAUACACACAACUGGACAGGAAUGCAUUAUUAACAGAAUAUGAAGAAUUUUGCAAAAAUUUUACAGAAAUAGAAAAUAGUGUUGUAAUUCCAAAAUAUCUUCAUAAAAAUGAACAUUUAAUUGUUGAGGAUGAAAUUGAUGAAGAUUCCCUAGAUUUUAACUCAUUUAGUUAUAAUGAUGAUAUUACAAAAGACUCAACAGAAACUGUAAAUGAUGUUCAUAAUAUAGCAAGUACAAGAGGACUAUUUAAAAUAUUUUGUUUAGCUAAACUAUCAAGUAUUUUUCCUAAUUUAUACUUAGUUUUAAAAUUAUCAGUUACGUUACCUGUUACAAGUUGUAGUGUUGAGCGUAGCUUUUCAAAAUUGAAACUUAUAAAAACAAAAUUGAGAACUAGUAUGUCCCAAGAUCGUCUUGAAGGUUUAAUGAAAAUAUCAUGCGAAUAUGAUCUAAGUAUAAAUUCUGAAAAUGUAAUUUUAUUGUUAACAGCUAAAAGUCCAUACCUUGCUAAAUGUCUCAACUAUUAAUUUGUAAAAUAAAAAAAUUAAAUUUUAUAAACUAAAACAUUUAAUAAUUUAAUUAGGAAUAA